AUGUUGCCAGAUCCCGAAGACUUUAAUGUAAUUUUCCACGAAGCUUACAAAGUACUUCCAGAACAAGCUAAAAAACGAUUAGAAUGGAAACGAUUAAAAAAGAAGUCGGCCAAAAAAAGAUACAAACAAAAAAACAAGCUCGAAUCGUCUUAUUCUGAAAGCGAUUUGCAGUUGGCUCCUGAAAUCGAACUUCCUGGAAAUGCAUCUGCAUUCGCCGUAUUCGCCUCUAUCCGGUUGGCUGUCCUGGAUAGAUGGAUGAAACAAGCGAGCCAGGAAUAUCUAAGCAGCAGCUGCAGUCUUCCGAAUCAAGAUCAAAGCGAAAUUGAAAGCGACACGGAAGAUAAUUCACAAAGUACUUUUUACACGGCGAUAAAAGUGUCAAAAAUAGUUGGCUUAGGUUUGCGAUCGGUGUUCGAAUUGAUAAAAGAAAGUCGAAUUACGCAUCCGCUAUUGUGUACAAAAGCUCUGAUAGCUUUGCUGGACGUUCUACAAGGCCAAGCUCCUGAAGCUCUAAAGUGCGAACCACCUGAUGUAAUCGAUGCUUUAUUUGAACUGUUACUAGAUUUAGCUACACUCCAUGGACCGGAAAGUUCAGUUCCUAACGAUGGAAGUCAUUUCACAGCAGUUGCUUGCGCCUGUUUACUAUCUUUAGUAGUUGUUAGAGGAGAUACUGGAAAAUACCUAUCUGCUUCGGCAGCUUUAUUGAUGUGUCCGAGAGCUUUAUCUCUACAAAACAUACAAAUGCCUGCAGUUCUUUCGUCGCUGCAGAAGAGCGUUCAUGGCGUAUUAUUGGGAAAAACUGUUCGACCCGAUUGGAUUUCUCACGGCGUACCGAACAAUGCGAAAAUAUUUACUUUUCACUUGAAAUUUCCCACUGAACUGCUCAAUGUACAGUUAAAAGUCAAAUCGCUAGCGUACGAUGGUCAAUAUUUGUACCUUUUCACUUCCAAAGGUUUACUUAAAAUAGGCAGCGGUUACGGCGGCACGAUUAAGGGACAAGUAGUGCUAUGGAAAUCGGAUUUUUAUCCAAACGAAAACGGGAGUUUAGUGUUCUGCAAUGGGAAUUUAUACUUGAAAUUGUGCGGCAGACGAGGCGGAGAAUUUCUUAUAGUAGAAAGAACAAAUCUGUUAAUAUGCGGUUCGGUACCGUUACACAAUCGCGAUUCAUCAGCUACCGUCGUAUUUUCCGACGGGGAUUAUUUAGGCAUAAUAUCCGCCGCUAAGGAUGACGGUUUUGUCGUUCGAAUGCUGAAUCAAAAUAUUUCACCAGCAGCUCUAGUAAGCGAACUGCCAUUGAAGUUAGCUAGAAAAUGUGUUGACGUGUUUGGAGUAUCGGCAUUCGAUGAAGAAAAUGGCACUUACACUGUAAAUACUGGGAACGAAGAAGAAAUUUCAACCGUCUGUACAGGAAAAGAGUUUGGUUUAAUUCGAACCAUGUCAGGAAAGGUGUUGUAUUGUGGCAAAUCCUCAGCUCUCGGUAUAAAACAACCUGGCGUUAGAACGGGCAAAUGGACGGAAUUAAUCAUCACUAAAGCUCCCAAAGUUACUCAAAUAGCUAUUGGUCACGACGGACUCCACGCUGUGCUUUUAACCGAUGAUGGAUCAGUAUUCUUUACAGGUACCGCCAGAAGGGGAGAAGAUGGCGAUCAGAAUAAAAUUCGGCGUCAACCUAAACCGGUCAAACCGAAGAAAAUGAUCAAAGUCGACGGUCAGCACAUCGUAUAUGUAGCUUGCAAUAACGGAACAACGGCUCUCAUUAACAAAGAAGGGGAACUUCUCAUGUUCGGCAAAGACACCACCCAUACAGAUCCUGUAACUGGCGUAAUCAGUCAUUUAAAAGGGGAGUUUAUCACGCAAGUUUCCCUAGGCAAAGCACAUGCCGUCGCGCUGACUAACAAAGGUCAAAUAUACACGUUUGGUAUUAAUAAUAAAUUCCAAUGCGGGCGAGAAUUCAACAUGUCGAAAGAAGAAAACUCAUUGAACGUCGUCGCAAUGGAUACAUGCGGAGUACAAGAAGAACAAGACCUUAUCGACGAAAUCCAAUCGGAGAAUCAAAAAGUGAGCGAUAAUACACCGGGAGUUUCCGAUCUAAACAUGGCGGAACAACACAAUAUUUGCCCUCCGGGGAUGCAUUCUUGGCACGAUGACAUGUGCAUGAUUUGCACCGUUUGUAGGGAAUGCACAGGCUAUUCAAUCAGUUGCCUGUCUUCUAUCAGCGCUGAUCGAAAUCCAGGACAAGAGUGCGGAUGUGGGGAAGGCGAUAGCGGGUGCAGCAUAUGCGGGUGUUGCAGGAUAUGCGCUAGAGAAGUAGUCGAUAAUUCCGAAUUGGCCGAUUUGGCGGGUAUGAUGAGAUUGGAUUUGAUUUUUCGAGAGAAAGCCGUCAUACCGCCUCGACAAAGAACGAAACUACAAGAACAAGGUCGUUUGGACGAUAGGAAAAAUAAGAGCAAAAAAUCCAUUCAGGGAUGCAGUAAGCAGUUACUAAAGUCCAAAUCGUCGAGAUCGACAAUUAAUUCAACUGUGCACCGAUUGAAUAAUAGUAUCCGACAAAACAACGUUUUAGCAGCAGUUAAAGAACAGCAAGGUUCGGAUGUGGAACGAGAUGCUACCAGAAUUUCCUGUUUGCCUCCAGCCAAGCUUGCUCUGGCCAUCGAUAGUCCCAUAAUCCAAGUAUCCUGUGGUCUGCACCACACUAUAUUACUUUUACAGAACGGCCAGGUUUACACGUUCGGUUCCAACCUAAACGGGCAACUAGGUUGCGGCGAUAUAUUAACGAAAAGCAGCGUGCAGCUAGUAAGACUCCCUUGCAGCGCGAUUCAAAUUGCCGCAGGUAGCAAUCACUCUGUAGUGUUGACUUCGAAAGGUGAAGUUUACACGUUCGGAAGCGCUCAGAAAGGACAAUUAGGUCGAACUCCGAGCCACGUAUCGUCUCAAGACGUAACUCAACCGGGUAAUAGUUCGUCUUCCCGGUUUUCGAACCCUCGAACACCUUGGUACAGUUUUCCUGGGCCUGUACCGAAUAUCGGUCCCAAGCAUGGUCGAAGAGCCACGUGGGUCGGGGCGUCCGGUGACCAGACGUUCCUCAAAUUAGACGAAAGUUUGAUAAACUCCGUUAGUAUAUCCAAAUCCACCGUCACCGCCAAUAAAAACCUAAUAGUGCUGCUUCCGAACGAAGAAGAAACCGCGAAGAACUUCAAAUGCUUGGUAAUCAACAAAAGAGACGGUAAUUGCAACUCGUUCAAGUCCCUCGACCAGGUGGACUUUAGCAAUAGAGUUGUAUGCAUGGAUCCCAUCUACAACGUAUUGUGGUCGUACAGCUUCUUAAACAACGAAUUUACUGCUUAUAACAUUAUAGCAAGCGAGCUGCAAACGAUCAAAAACGUUAACAAAUCGGAUAGAUUCACGAGCGAGUUGAAAGCCGCUAAGGAUGCCAAAAAUAACGACAGGAACGUGCAGCUUUGUUCGAUUCUAUCGCCCGAAUUGGCUCUACCGAUAAUCACGAAUUGCAACGUUACACGUUUUCAGGCAGCUAUUAACUUAUUGUGCUGUUUGGAUACAUUAACACUAGCGCACGAAUUGCAAAUAAGCGCCGUCAACGAAACCGUGGACGAUCGACAAUUAUUGACUGGAAAGCAGUACUCUAAAGAAGACUUCCAAUCGGUUAAUCGGUUCGAAAGCCACGGUGGUGGCUGGGGUUAUUCAGGCCACAGCAUCGAGGCCAUUCGUUUUAUGGCCGACACCGACAUACUUCUGGGAGGUUUCGGAUUGUUCGGAGGCCGCGGAGAAUACACGGCUAAAAUUAAACUACUCGAUAUCGGCCCGGAAGGAGGCGAGCAAGAAACCGACGGUGAAUUGUUAACGGAGACCGAAGAGAUACCUUACGAAUGCGGCCCGAGGCAGAAGUUUCCGAUUUUAUUCGACGAACCCAUUCCAUUACAGGCCCAUCGUUGGUACGUCGGUUGGUGUAGAAUAAGCGGCCCGAGCAGCGAUUGCGGAUCUUCGGGCCAAACGAUGGUAACCACCGAAGACCAGAUACUAUUCUACUUCAAAUCCUCGAAGAAAUCGAACAACGGCACGGACGUGAACGCCGGCCAAAUUCCGCAGCUGCUCUACAAAGUCAUAACGCCGGAAAAUCAGAUUUCGCCCAGACAGAGCGACAUAAUGGAGCCCAUCCACAUAUUGUCCAAAGACUUUUCGAGAACGGUCACCAGGGAGUGCUUUCAGAGCUUGUUGUCUCUUCUGCAGUGGUCCUGGAACACUUUCAAAUGGGGAAUAGCAGAGGGCCAGUCGCAUAAAGUUUCUUACACAACCUUGGAGUUGGAUCGAUUGGUUUACAUUAGUCGAGCGAGUUUGCGGUUGAUAUGCACCUACACAAACGAAAUUUAUCCCAGGCAUAUAAACAGAAAAUUGUCGUUGGAGAAUGUGCAGUUAGCCGAAUGCGUGGGGGACGUUAGGGCUCUUUUAAAACAAAUUUUGUCUGAUAACAUCCCCGUGGUGAUGCAGAACAAGAAAGCGAGCAGAAACAAUAACAUGAAUAUACAUUUGAUGAAUAAUGUACUCGAUGAGUGUCACAAUACUUUUGUCGCUUGUUUUCACGCUUUUUACCCGACGGCUUAUUUGAAAUGGACCUGCUUGUGCGAUUUACUCAGCGAAAGCACUAAAGAUAAUGGACAGUUCAUUUACAAUAACAGUCAAAGAUUGCUCAGCGCUGUUUUGUGCGCUCUAUGCGCACCCAGCGUAAGAUUAAGGAGCACGUUUCCGUUAAUCGGUCAAAGUAUUUGCUCCGAGAGCGCCCUUAACAGGGGUUUAAGCCCUUCCGACAACACCGGACUUCCAAUUAUGAGCAUUUCCGAUUCGCAUCAUUACCCUGUAUUAGUAGAACAAAUGAGUUUUAAAUCACAAGUAGAGUCGAUUUCGAACGGAAUAUCUUGGCAAUGGAGCGAAGUUUUGGAAUGUUUGAUAAAUUUAGCUUCCAACCCCGUCGCUAGAACUCUACAAAAGAAUACCGUUUCGUACAUGUCGGAAUUGUCGAAAUUCUGUUGCCAUUUAUUAGCUCGAGUACUAGCUGAAUUAGUCCAUCAAUGCAGCUCAUCCGAAGAAGACUUGCAAGGCAAUUACGGACGCACUUUGCACAUGACGCCGUCGAGAUUCACCAGAACAAAUCAAUCGAGAACGUGGAACACGGGCAACGGUUCGCCCGAUGCGAUUUGUUUCCAAGUCGAUCGACCGGGAAUAUCGAUCAUCGGCGUUGGCGUUUACGGCGGAAUCGGCCACUACGAAUACGAAUUGGAACUUUUAGAAGACACGACUUCUUUGAACGCUUCGGACAGUCACGCUCAUUCGCACCGUUGGAAUAGCUUGGAAAUAACGAGAGGUUCGUUUGGACCGGAAGAUUUUCCUCCUGAUGUUAUCGAAAUAAAGUUCGAUAGAGCCAUAUCGUUGAAGGAAAACAUUAAGUAUGCAGUUAGGCUUCGGAAUCACGGCGGUAGAACUAAUAACGGUGAUGGUGGUUUAAAUUCGAUCAAAGGAUCCGAUAACACCGUUUUCACGUUUUCAACGUGCUCGUUGAGUUUUAAUGGAACAACGCUCACUAGAGGACAAAUUCCUGUUAUUUUAUAUUACAGUAACCCUUUGGAGAGUGGUAGAGCAGCUACAACGAAAUUGGAACAGCAAGCACGUAUCGCCGCAUUAUCUAUGACCAGCGCAAUAAUACAAAAAUCUAGUAAUUUAUUAGUAUCGGCUAGAGAAAAAGCCGAUGAAGUACCCGCAGCUGAAAUCCUCAGUAAAUCUUGCAUCGUUACCACGCUACUUCCUUUAGUACUAGCACACAUCAGUCCGUUAGUGACCAGCGAUUCUAAGAGCGCCGUUCACAUAUUAACUCUAAUCCAGGAGUUACUACCGCACGUAGCCGCUUUGAAUUUAAUAGGAGCUACUGGAAACCUAUUAAAACCCAUCAGUUUGAGUAAUUCCUCUAAUCACGAAAGCAUCGAGCACAGAGCUGAAACGACGAGUCACCACUACACGGUCGUCGAAAGCGAACAUCCCUAUAAAGCUUCCACUGUAUCGAAUUGCAGAGUACUAUUUCCGGAGAGCGUGAAGUGGAUGAGCUUGGAAUUCGACCCGGCUUGUUCGACCGUCCAGCCCGAGGAUUCCCUGCAGCUAUUCGUGCCGGCUAUAGAUUAUCAACAAGAGUGCAACGGCGCUGUGUUUCUCGACGACGGCGAAUCGCCGCCGAUGCCCUAUUGGCCUGUAUUGCAUAAAUUUAGCGGCAGUUUGCAGUGGCCGACUAAUUCCGUAAUUCUGCCGGGGAACGAGGUGUUAUUUUCGUUGGAAACCGCUUCGGAUUAUCUAAAAGACGAGCGAUUGAGCGCUUACGGUUAUAAAUGUCUGGUGAUCGGUUACGAGAGACCGCAGGAGUUCAAUCAACCUCUGAACGAAUUGAAGCAUUUGGAAGCCGAAUUGGCUUUUCUAGGCGGAAUGUGCGCCGCCAGUUUGAUGAAGAAGGAUAUUUUGUUUCCUGUUAAUGAAGAUGAAGCUGAUGUCGAUAUCGAAGUUGCUGAAACCGUAGCUGCGGAAAUUUUUUCUCGUCACGGUUCGCUUCUAUCCAAAGGAUUGGCGUUGAGUUCACCUCCCACUGUACAACAAGCUUUAGACGGGCUGUUACCUUACAGCGUCCACUCCAACGAGAAGCUGUUCCUAAGGGACUUCGUGAACUGCGUGGCCGGCUCGAGCGGCGGCCGGUUGGCCCAAUGGCUCCAGCCCGGGAGCAGAGUGGAUCCGACGAAAUGCCAGGUGGUCUAUUCGCGGGACGAUUUGAGGUGCGGAUGGCCCGCUGUUAUUAUGGUCAUUACAAGGGAUCAGUACGGCGAUAUGGUUUUCGUGCCGAAUAUGAAAGUAGAAGUCAAGGCGGUGCCUACUGAUAAGAAGGAAAUAGGCGAUGGGGACGUUGGGAGGAAAAUCAGGCGGAUUAGCCAGCCUGAUAUGUUGACCUACGGUGGUUUACCGCCACCGCCUUUGCACUUGCCCUACGAACCCACCAUCAGGGAUAAGAUGUGCUUUCACUCGAUUACCGUCAUGAAGGCUUUCCAGAACUACUCCUUCGAAGAACUACGUUACACUUCGCCGCCGAUCAAACGCUCCGGCGAAAAUAUGCUGGUGCGAUCGAAUUCCGACGGUUCCUACAACGCCACUUGGACACCUGCAUCUGUUGGAUGCUACUCUAUUUUGGUCAACAUCGAUGGAUACGAUAUGGAAGAAAUUUUUAGAGUGGAAGUGAAGGAGUCCCCUCAAGGAAUGACUCCUCCUAAUCAGAAUCUUUCGAAGAAAUCGCAGCACCAGCCGAGCAAGUUGAGGAGGUUCGUGGCGAAGAAUUCGGCCGGUUUGAGGAUCAGAGCGCAUCCAUCGUUGCAGAGCGAGCAAAUCGGCGUUGUUCACGUGAACGGUACAAUAGCGUUCAUCGAUGAGAUUCACAACGAUGAUGGAGUUUGGUUGAGAUUGUCCAUAGAAACGAUAAAGCAAUAUUGCAGUACCAGCAUUACAGAAGCUUGGUGUUUGCAAUACAACCAGCAUUUGGGUAAAACUUUGUUACUACCAGUGGAGGAGCCGAAAACGAUGUUGGAUCAACCAGUCGUGCGUAAUUCACCGGAGCACUACGACCGUCACAAGUCUCCUAAUUUGAACACAAGCUACCAAGUGAUAAAAUGCGGCGCCUCCGGGCAUAACGUUCGCAGCAGACCCAGUUUCAAAGCGCCUCCCGUAGGCAUGCUGGCCUUAGGAAACCGAAUAGGAGUAUCGGAGUACACGGUGAACUCGGACGGUUGUUGGGUGAAAUUAGACAAAACGACCAAAGAAAAGUACUGCUUCGCCGCGGAAAAUGAGGCCUGGUCAUUGGCAGUCGGCCACAACAACGCCCUGUACUUGGGCAACGUCAACGACAUCGAAGGCGGCUCGAAAUUCGCGCCCGACGAUCCGGCGCGCAAGCAAAAGCGCGGCUUCAAUUUCACCCUCAAGCAGACCGAAGCGAAUUUUUUAUUUUCCGGACAGAGUUCCAUCGAAGCCGAGGAGCUCCUGCCGACGAAUCCGUUCGUUUUCGGCGAGGGAGCCCAGUUGGACUACUCGAAAACGCCCAAAAAAGAGAAAAAGGAAGGGAAAUUGAGUGGACUGCCCAAGUGGUUCAAAGGAGACGAAGGAAAAAGUGAUUCUUCGGAGCGCAAUAACAGCCAAUCUGCGAAGAUGCACAGCGAAAGCAGCGUAAACGGUAACGGUAUCACUCCGCCUGAUACGCCGAAACGUUCGCAGAGUCCGAGAGUUUUAAUGUCAUCUUCCAAAAUAUCUAACCGUAGCUCCAGUCCCGUUCCAAUCGCAAGUCAUCCCAACGCCGCGGCAGAAAGUAGCGGUAGUCCCCAACCAUUAGGGUCCUCUAAAAGUGUAGUAAUGUCACCAUUAGUCAGUGGAACAGGAUUUGAGUCGAGUGCCAGAAGAGGUUCUAAUCAAUCCGAUACCAGCGCAAUGGUGAGUAGCAUUCCCAGAGAUGCAUCUCAAUCGCCCAGUCAAGCUACAACGCAUUUGAGAGAAACAUCACCUACACCCAGCAGCAGUUCCUUUCAUACCAGAUCGGGUUCUAGUCCUCUUCAUGCCAUGCACUCGAAGGGAGAAUCGGACGUCGAGCAUAGUCCGAAAAAGUUGAUGCAAACGGGCACCCAAACGUCGCCGGAAAACGGGGCGAGCUCGGUAGUGAAGACGAACUUUUCGAUAGGCGCCGUGGGCAGAGAGGAAAAGGUGUCUCCGAAAUUGUCGCGGAAAGACCGAAACAUGUCUAAAAUCCGGCCGAAGAGGGCCAUAUCGCCGGCGAAUUUGCAACAGUUACCGUCCAAUUCGAAAGCGAAUUACGCCUACGACAACGUGAAGCAAGCCAUGAGUCCAUCCGUGGCGGAAUCGCUGAGGGCGGUGUUCGCCGCUUUCCUCUGGCACGAAGGUAUCGUCCACGACGCGAUGGCGUGCGCGUCCUUCCUCAAAUUCCACCCCACGUUGCCGAAACAAGGCGCUUUAGUGGUCACCAGGCACCAGGACCUGCCGGUCGACAAGAGACAAAAGGAGCUGAGCAGGGAAGAGAAGGCUAGGCAAAGGCAUUCGGUGGAAGUGAGCAACGCCGGCCAUUAUUUGCACAUUCAACCAUCGACUUUGGAAUCGCUGACGAGAUCGGCGGCGAACGCCAGCGCCAAUCGCAACCGAAAGAAACCGAACGAGGGCGUCAUAAAGGAAGAAGGACAAACCUACGACGCGUACGGUUAUCAAACCAUCUCCGUUCUACCGCCGGCUUUGAAGGCGCUGGUGUAUCUGUGGGAAGAGCUCACCUCGAACUGCCUGAAAGCCACGAACCAACAACUCGCCUCGCACAGUCCCAUCAACCACAAAGGAAAAAAAGACGACAAAACCGAACGGGAGAAGAACAAUCACUUGGAGAGAGAGAUUAAGAAAUACAGGAAGAAGAAAAUUCCGCCUAGGAAUUACUUAGAAGAUUUAGGCGGUCUAUCGGGCUACCUUCAAUCCUCCGGCGUUGAGACGUUGUGCGAAUUGUGCGGCGAUUCGUUUCCUCAUCCGGUUACCUACCACAUGCACCAAAACCAUCCCGGGUGCGGGCAACACGCCGGCGGCAAGGGAUACAAUUCCGGCGGGAGUUACUGCUUAGGUUGGGCCGGAAAUUGCGGAGACGGCGGAAUCCCUGGAAGUUCCUGGUACUUGCUAUGCGAAACUUGUCGAGAAAAGUACAUGAAAUCGAUCAGAACCGGCAAGCAAUCGAACGCCCACCACAAACCGACUGUUAGUAAGAAAAACGUACCGGCUAAAUCGUUCUCUUCGUUGGUGGUAACUGCUAAUUUGGAACCGCACAUUAUAAUGAAAAACAACGCGAUGUUCCUGCUGGAUUUGGCCAGUUCUUCGGAGGCGACGAUGGGCCACCAGAGGAGAUCUUCGUCGAGUACGAUGCCGUCUGUAUCGGAGAAUAUAUCGCCUUUGGAUUACUGCGGCCCGUUCCGACCGCCGCCUUCGUUUCAAUGCUUAAAUUCCUUCGGAGCCAAUCCGGUUUCCGACGAGCCCGGGAUCUACGGGGAGAUGAUGCACAAGCACGAGUGUCCGGAUAAUUUCCCUGCUGGUCCGUCCGCGACGGGACGAGAAAGGCCCUUAUCGGAGAUAUCGAUCAGCGAAGAUAUGGACGGGGUGAAAGGAAUGAGGUUCCAUCGAUCCGUUUCGAUGGGAACUAACGGCAUUCCUUGGUCGAAAUCUGGGUACGAUGGACGAAUUAUCAUGAUGAGGAAGCGGAAUAACAGCAGUUGCGAAAUCGUUAAUGAAGGUGGAUCGUCGCUUCUUUGCAAUCCCUCCAACGCUCUGCAGAAGUUGAUUCCCAAAAAAGACAACCCUUCAUCGGCCAUUGUCAGAACGGAUACGGACCAUGACGCAAACGCAGAAAGUCUGGCGCUUUUAGAAAGACCGGUAUUGCAAUUUUUGAUGCACCACCACGAUCUCGAAUCGUUGCAUCUCGCGAUGAAACAAGCCCUCAGGAAAGCUAUGUGCAGAGUGUACGCCAUGCAAGCGCUCAACUGGUUACUGCGAUCGGUGACCCAACCCGUCUGCAUUCACGAUUUAUUGUGGUGGUUCGUGACGUCUCUAACUCCUGUUGAAAUGGACGUCGAGCCAGAAGACGACAAUCAUCUACCGCGAAGAGAAGAUGAACUCGAGUUGAACGUUUGCGAACAUCCCUUGUCGGAUAUUACUAUAGCGGGCGAGGCGGUGCAUCCUUUACCGAAAAUUUUCCACGCUCUUCUGCAGACGAUAGCGGAUUUGAUGGUGCUGCUACCGAUGAGUUCGCCGUUGCAGCAAAUUGCAGUGAGAUGCUGGGGUAUAAGGUUCGCGACUUCCGAUCACACGUUUCUUCAUAGAUCGCAGGUGUUUAGCAACAUUAGCAAGAUCCUAUCCAGGAGCGAAGAAAUGGAGGACUUUAAUGUGUCUAUGCACGAAAGUCACCAGAGUGUGACCCAUCAGAUAACUUCGCUCGUGGAGUGUUUGAAGGAUUUGACUAAUUCGUUGGAGAUCAAAGCGUCGAGCAGGCAAGCUAUGAUCGGUAGUUUGACGGAUAAUUCUACCGAAACCUUUUGGGAAUCGGGCGACGAGGAUAGAAACAAGACGAAAAGUUUAACUAUCAUGUGCCCGCAAGGACACCGUCCUGUUUUGAUAAGCGUUCACAUCGACAAUUGCAGAGAUUUAGGGAACAAGAUAUCUUCCAUAAUAUUCUACUCGGGUCAACACAUUGAUGAGCUAAUCAAACUACGAACGGUUGAAGUUGAAACACGGCUACUCGGCGGUUGGGUCAGUUGCCCUUUAACAGAUCAAUCUCACAACGUGUUGAAACUCGAGUUGAAAGGACCGGAUAAUUCCGUCAGAGUGAGGCAAAUCCGAGUGCUCGGCAACGUUGAAGGCGAGAGCAUGAAAACCGGAAAGCAAUAUGCCGCGAGUACGUUGCAACAGAAAUACUGCGAGGCGGAAACCCUGCGCGUGUUCAGACUGAUAACGUCCCAAGUAUUCGGUAAACUCCUGCAAGGCGAAGAAGCCAACGGCGAUUUACCGAACGGUUCCAACUCCAUCAGCGAGAACGUCGAUCCGAACGAAGAGAGCAACGAUUUGAGAGAACACGUCGUCGGUAUAUUGUUCAGCAGAAGUAAAUUGACUCACUUACAAAAACAGGUAAUCGUUCAUAUCGUACAAGCUAUUAGGAAAGAAACGGAGAGGGUGCACGACGAAUGGGAAUCGAAUCUUUCUACUUCUUCCGGGUAUUCGAAUCAAAGUCAAGACGGGACGAAAAGCUCCGAUACAUAUUGCUUCGAAAUGUUGUCGAUGGUUUUAGCGCUAUCCGGGAGUUCCGUGGGGAGGAAAUAUUUAUCCCAUCAAACGGACUUGCUGGGAGAUAUAUUAACUUUGCUGCACACCGGUAGCGCCCGCGUACAAAGACAAGUAACGUCUUUGUUAAGGAGAAUUUUGCCAGAAAUAACGCCUGAAGCUUUCGCUAGAGUUGUGGGAGUUCGCAAAUUGCCAGCGAGAGAUUUCAGCAUCGUUUCGGCGGUUAAUAAGGAAUCGAUGAGUAGCAAUUUCGAUGUGAACCAGUUGGGAAUUUUGGAUGUGUUUCUAAGCGUGAUAGCGAAAGCGCUUACGCUCCAAGUAAAAGUUAGAGGUAAAACCGGCGCGGGAGUUACGCCUAAAGAAAUCACUACGGUUACAUUAGCUACGUCGAUACAACCGAGAGACGCGCUCGGCGUAAGGUGGUGGUUAAGAGGCGCUGUUAGCAAAAAACUAUCAGAAGUUAUCAUUCACCUCAUCAAAGAUAUGGCCGCUGGAAAGUUAUCGGAAUGCUGGGCUAACAUAACUAAAGGCGCCAUAGCCGAGAACAUACUGCAUUUGACUUAUUUAUCCGAAGAUCAGAGAGUGGCUUCCGUUUGCUUAAGAACGCCCACGUUGUGGCUGGCGUUGGCCUCUCUUUGCGUCCUGGACGAAGACCACGUGGAACGUCUAACAUCCGGACAAUGGAGCCAACCGGAAGGGCAACCGGUGCAACCGAGACCGACUUGUUGCAACCACGACGACGGCGAAACCAUAGCCGUAAUUCAAUGCACCCAUUGCGGAAAUCUGUGCGCCGAUUGCGACAGAUAUCUACAUUUGCACAGGAAAACCAGGCACCAUCAACGGCAGGUUUGCAAGGAGGAAGAGGAGGCCAUCAAGGUGGAGUUGCACGAAGGCUGCGGCCGGACGAAGCUCUUCUGGUUGCUCGCCCUGGCCGAUCCGAGAACCUUGAAGGCCCUUAUCGAAUUCAGGGACGGCGGCGCCAGGAGCAAGACCGUGGGAAUGAGCGGCGUGUGCCGGUUUUGCGGCACUUGCGGCAACUCCGGUCUCCUGGCCAUCGGGAACGUUUGCGCGGACCACGAAUGCCAAGAAUACGGUCGAACGGCGUGCUGUAAAAUCUUGAGUUGCGGCCACAUGUGCGGAGGAGUGUUGGGAGAAAGUAAAUGCCUGCCGUGUUUGCACGGUUGUUCCGGCGACGGCAGCCUGAGACAAGAUGCGGACGACAUGUGCAUGAUUUGCUUUACCGAAGCGUUGUCAUGCGCUCCCGCCAUACAGCUCGGAUGCGGCCACGUGUUCCAUUUGCAUUGCUGCAAGACUGUUUUAAUGAAGAGAUGGAUCGGUCCUAGGAUUACAUUCUCCUUUAUAUUGUGCCCGAUUUGCAAAGAGGAAAUAAAACACGAAACCCUAACCGACAUUCUGACGCCGAUACUUGAUCUGUUCAAAGACGUGCGAAGGAAAGCGCUGAUGCGAUUGGAAUACGAAGGCUUGCACACUAUCGAAGCCGUCACAACGCAAGGGUCUCGAUUUUACAACGAGCCUGCCUCUUACGCUAUGGACAGAUACGCGUACUACGUGUGCUUUAAAUGCAAAAAGGCUUACUACGGUGGUGAGGCGAGAUGCGACGCCGAAAUGGCGGAGAGCUACGACCCGAAGGAGCUGGUUUGCGGCGCUUGCUCGGACGUGGCGCGCGCGCAAAUGUGCCCCAAGCACGGCACCGAUUUCUUGGAGUACAAAUGCCGGUACUGUUGUUCCGUGGCGGUGUUCUUCUGCUUCGGUACGACGCAUUUCUGCAAUCCCUGUCACGACGAUUUCCAGAGAGUCACGAAUUUGGCCAAAAACGAGCUGCCGGCUUGUCCAGCAGGGCCGAGAUCAAAGCAACUGGAAGGCGACGAAUGCCCACUUCACGUCAAACAUCCACCCACGGGGGAAGAGUUUGCUUUAGGGUGCGGCGUAUGUCGUAAUGCUCAUACAUUUUAA